GGCAUCCGCCAACCCCUCCUCGCCUUCUUCUUCUCCAGUAAUAAAUCCACGCAAAAGCCUCGCCGCGCACCACCACCCAGCUCUCUCCACUCCACUCUCGCGUUCUUGUGGAGUCGUGCUCCACUCCGGGAAGGAAGGAGUGGGUGGGUAGGUGAGUGGAGUUGGUCGAUGGCGAUUGGGGCGUUCGUGGAGAGCGGCGGCGGCGGCGGCGGGGGAGGGGGAGGAGGGUACGGCGGGCGGGUGACGGCGUACGUGGUGCUGACCUGCGUCGUCGCCGGCAGCGGCGGGAUCCUCUUCGGCUACGACCUCGGCAUCUCCGGUGGUGUGACCUCAAUGGACUCGUUUCUGAAGAGAUUCUUCCCGGAUGUGUACCAGAAGAAGCAGGACACCAGAGUGAGCCACUACUGCGCGUUCGACAGCGAGCUCCUCACCGUGUUCACCUCGUCACUCUACAUCGCCGGCCUCGUCGCGACCCUCUUCGCGUCGUCCGUCACAAGGAGGUAUGGCCGCCGGACGUCCAUGCUGAUCGGCGGCACCGUCUUCAUCGCCGGCUCGGUGUUCGGCGGCGCCGCCGUCAAUGUGUUCAUGCUGCUCAUCAACCGGAUCCUACUGGGAAUAGGUCUCGGGUUCACUAAUCAGUCAAUCCCACUGUACCUGUCAGAAAUGGCGCCUCCACGAUACCGUGGGGCGAUCAAUAACGGCUUCGAGCUCUGCAUCAGCCUCGGCAUUCUCUUCGCAAAUGUUCUUAACUAUUGCGUUGUGAAAAUCACAGCUGGAUGGGGCUGGAGGAUAUCCCUAUCCAUGGCUGCAGUUCCUGCUGCAUUCCUAACCAUCGGUGCGGUCUUCCUCCCAGAGACACCGAGCUUCAUAAUCGAACGCGAUGGCGACACUGACAAGGCAAGGAUCCUACUCCAGAGACUUCGUGGCACCACUUCAGUCCAGAAAGAGCUUGAUGACUUAGUUGCUGCUAGCAACCUCUCCAGGACAGUUCAGUAUCCGUUCAGGAAUAUAUUCAAGAGGAAAUACAGGCCACAGCUUGUCAUAGCACUCCUGGUCCCUUUCUUCAACCAGCUUACUGGAAUCAAUGUGAUGAACUUCUAUGCACCGGUUAUGUUCAGGACGAUUGGUCUGAAGGAGAGCGCGUCUCUCCUAUCCUCAGUGGUCAAUCGACUCUGCGCAACUUUCGCCAAUAUCAUGGCGAUGAUCGUUGUCGACAGGUUUGGGCGUAGAAAGCUCUUCCUUGUAGGUGGUAUUCAGAUGAUCCUUUCCCAGCUUGCUGUGGGUGCAAUCCUGGCUGCAGAGUUCAAGGACUAUGGAUCCAUGGACAGAGAGUAUGCUUACCUUGUGUUGAUCACCAUGUGUGUGUUUGUUGCUGGCUUUGCAUGGUCAUGGGGGCCAUUGACAUUCUUGGUCCCAACUGAGAUAUGUCCACUUGAGAUCAGAUCAGCAGGGCAGAGUAUUGUUGUUGCAGUGGUCUUCCUGAUGACAUUUGUGAUUGGACAGACAUUCCUUGCAGUUCUAUGCCGCAUCAAGUCAGGGACAUUCUUCUUCUUUGCAGGAUGGAUCUGCUUGAUGACAGUGUUUGUUUAUUUCUUCCUGCCGGAGACAAAGAAGCUGCCCAUGGAGCAGAUGGAGCAGGUCUGGAGGAAGCAUUGGUUCUGGAAGAAGAUUGUAGGGGAGGAGGAGGAAAAACAAGCAGAGAAAACAGCUCUCCCUAGCAUGUAAAGCCCUAUGAAUUGGAAUGUAUUUGACCAUACAAAAACCAUACAAAGUGUAGGGUUCUAAUUAGCAAAUGUAAGUUUGUAAUUCUUCUGUCUAAAUGUAGUGUGUUGAGGUGGUCAGUUGCCGUGACUGGCUCUUUCAGAUGGUAAUUACAAAGAAAUGUAACAUUAAUGUUGUAACAAGGGUGCCAUUUUGUUUCUGAUUCCAGAUGAAAAGGAAAAACUAUUCCAUAUUCUGCA